AUGCUUACUAUUCAGGAAGAGGAAAUCUUGAGAACAUUCCGCUCUAUUGUCAAUUAUCAAGGUGAAGAAGCCUCCGCAAUAUCCAUCCUCAGCUCCAACAAUUGGGAGCUUGAACCAGCAAUACUACAAUACGUCAAUAAUAACACACAAUACUAUCAGAAUCUCGCUCAGCAGGCACUGAGAACUUCCCUUAACAGAAAUAUGAAUAAUUCUACGUCAGUAGAAGACCCACAGGCUCGUUCGGAAAUAAGUUUCAUUACAAGAGCUCGUGAUUGGCUUAAUUUAACUUCCAGUGACCAAGCGCAACUUUCAGGAAGCUUUCUUGAGGAUCCACCCAGAGCAAGCACCAGUGGAGUCAUCAUGUAUUAUGCCACUAGAGUGAUAACAUUCGUAUUCAUUUUACCUCUUUUUAUUGUCUACAAGCUUACACCCUUGCUAUUGCUGCUUGUCAUUCAUAUUCUUCAGCGGCUUAUUAGAUUGAAAAAUCGUGUGCUGUUUCUUAUUAAUAAGGAUUCUGGAGCAGUAUCCAAUCAGGGUGUACUUUUUGGUAACCACCUGUCCAAGAGGGUAGACCCAAUUGAUACUGCUAGACAAUUCAUUGAUGAUUUCGAAAAUGAUGUGGUCAGAAUUCUUGAUGUUGGCGGUGAUAUUGAAAAUGCGUACUCAAAUGUUCUGAAACCCAAUUUCUUUGAAGGCGGUUAUACUCAAGCAUUAUAUUUAGCCAAAAGGGAUGCAAAAUGGCUACUUGUUUACCUUCAAAGUGAUGAUCAUGAUGAUAAGGACAAGUUCAUCAAGAACAUUCUAUUAAGUCAACGUUUCAACAAAUUCCUUUCCGGCAAUGACAUUGUGUUGUGGGGAGGUAAUGUAAAGCAAAGUGAGGGAUUUCAAACAGCAAAUGGCUUAAGUUGUACUCGAUUUCCCUUUUUAGCUUUGCUUUGUUUGACUACUCAAACUACAACUACCACCCAAGGAGUACUGUCGGGCUCUCCGGUUCUCUCAGUUGUAUCUCAUAUUCAGGGAUAUCAUCCACUCAAAAAAAUAUUAGUUAAAUUCAAUCAACAAAUUGAAAGAUUUGAGCCAAAGUUAAUAGAAAUUCGAGCAACUUUACGAGAAAGAGAAUUGAGCAGAUUAAUCACUGAACAACAAGAUUUAGCUUAUCAAAGCUCAUUACUCAAGGACCAAUUGAAGAAACAAGUCAAACAACUCAAGCAAAAAAAUAAUAAAUUAGUUUCUCAAUUUGUACCCUUCAAACUCAAGCAGUUUGCAGAAAGUUCUCAGAUCAAGAAAUCACUUGACAGAUCUGUGGAUUCUAGUGAGUUUUAUUCAAGAAUUGCGGUUAGAUUACCAAGUGGUGAAAGGAUGGUUACAUUUUUCGAUCGGUCUUUGUCAGUUACUGAUUUGUAUUUGUACAUCCAAUUCCAAAUAAAUGGAUUUUUCAUCAAGGAAAUAAAUGCUCGCCCAUCUGAAAUGCUACUCAUAAAUUGGGAAAUUUUGAAGGAUUAUUUGUCACAUUUGGAUACCGGUGAGGCCUAUGUUCCACCCAGCACAUAUUCAGACAUUAGUGAAAGUGUGGAUGAGGACGUUGCCGUUCUGGUUUACAGGGUAUCUUUCGUACUCUUUAGCCUGUUCCCCAAGAGGGAACUCCCAUUUGAUGAUAAACAGAUUGGUCAAAUUGAAUUUCUUGUCCCUGAUGGCAACUUGAUUGUGGAAGAAAAGGAUGACAUUGAUAAUGGCGGUGAUGAAGCAGAUAUUGAAGGACAAUUGGGUGCGACAAUUUAUGGUAAUUAA